AUGGGGUUCUUAGGUAUUCUCGAGGACAAGCACCUCGCCCAUGUUCCUGCAACCGUUAUCCUCAGUGAGGAGCAGAAUCCUCUCGGUGAUAUUCCUGAGGGGUCCGCCGCCGCUGCGACGCUGAAGCGCGGCACCGGUAGAGAUUCAGAGAUUAUCCUUAUUCCGCAACCAUCGGAUGAUCCGAAUGAUCCGCUCAACUGGUCCUACACUCAGAAGCUGGUCGUCAUGAUUAUCGUGGCCUACGGCUCCGUCCUCUAUGCUGCUGUUCUCUCCCCUCUCUUGUCGCCAGCCCUGGUGGUCAUCGCGAAAGAUUUCAACAAACCUGUCAAAGACAUUACAGUCAUCUCAGGAUAUAUGCUACUCGUAACUGGCAGUAUUGGUCCUGUAGUCAGUGCCCUGUCGCGCAAGUAUGGAAAGCGCCCUCAGCUGCUUGUUGCAUCCCUCUUCGGCCUACUCGGCACCGUCAUUGCCAGUGCCGCAAAUAGCUACGAAGGUCUAAAGGCCGGUCGCAUCAUCCAAGGUGGCUCAGUGACGGCUUUCGAAUCGCUCGUAGUCUCCAUGAUUGGUGAUCUGUUCUGUGUGCACCAGCGUGGCGUCUUCAUGACACUUAUCCAGUUCAUCCUAGGAGCUGCCUCCAACUUCUCGGCUAUUAUUGUCGGACCCAUCGCAACGAACCUCGGAUGGCGCUACCUGUUCCAUAUGCUGAUUCCCUUUGUCGCACUCGAAGUCAUCCUGCUCUUCUUCUUCGUUCCAGAAACCAAUUACAACCGCGACCAUCGCUACGACAUUGACGAGCUUUCCACCGACAACCUCGCAGAACUUGCCGAGGCGGAGCAGAAGAAUCGUAUGACUGCUGAAAGACUCGAGAAGGAGGGAAGUGAUGAUAUGGUCAAGCUCGAGACACAUGCAAGUGCAGUGUCGGCGGUGCCUAAGAGAAAGACAUUUGUGCAACAGAUGGCCAUCUUCACAGGAACCUACUCCAACGACAACCUCUUGCAGCUCUGCAUUGCGCCCUUUGCCGUUUGCACCAAUCUCGCCGUUCUAUGGAUGGUCAUUAUCACCGGCGGACUGACCGCCUUCUUCGUUGCGCAGUCGUAUGUCAUGGCUCAGAUCUUCCAGGCGCCUCCGUACCUGCUCAGCCCAGCCGGAGUCGGCUAUCUCUCUGUCGGACCGUUUCUUGGUGGUCUCAUCGGCUCCAUCCUCCUCGGUGCCACGCUCGAUCCUCUCAUCAAAUGGUGUGCAAAGAAGAACAAUGGCGUCUACGAGCCAGAGUAUCGACUCCUCGGUAUGAUUCCGUCCGUCACUACUGUCAUUGGCCUAUGUUUCUUUGGCCACUUUGCCCAAAAAGGCUCUUCAUUCUACCUUACCGCCUUCUUCCACGGCAUGGACCUCUUCGGAAUCGUCAUCGCCGCCAUCUCCUCCUCUUCCUACGUCCUCGACUCUUUCCGCGACAUCAGCUCCGAAGUCUUCAUCAUCAACAUGGUCUUCAAGAACUUUCUCUUCUACGGCUUCUCCUACUUUGUCAACGAUUGGGCCGCGAGCGACGGGCCGGCCCAGGUAUUUUACGUCUUCGGAGGAGUCGCCGGUGGCAUGAUUAUCACAGCCCCUAUCUUCUUCUUCUGGGGAAAGCAGUAUAGGAGCUUUUGGCAUAGGCACAACUUGAUUGAGAAGUGGGGUAUCUCGACUCAUGCCGAGAUUUAA